CUACACUGUGUCUGUUACUGCAAUAAAUGAUGCUGGAAGAGGAAAUCCAGCAACUUAUACCCAAAGAACAAAUGAAGAAGCUCCACAAAAACCAUAUCAAGUAUCUGUGACUAACAUAAAUUCAACAAGUGUUACGGUUAAUUGGAAAAUUGGUUCACCUAGACCAGGAAACACAACUUACACAAUAAGGAUGAUGACUGACAUUGCUCAAUCUAAAGAAUUUAAUAUUAUUGGCUAUGGGAACAGAAAUUACAUGGUAACAGGUCUUGAGGAGUUUUGGAAUUACACUGUUGCAGUAACUGCAUCAACAUCUAUUGGUUCAGUGACAUCUGAUGUGUCAGACACAUAUCGUACAUUACCUGCAGCUCCUGGGAAGGUGUCAAGUUUUAGUGUUCAAGAUGGUCCAGGGCAGACGCUCAAAAUUUUAUGGAAAUCACCAAAUAUUCUUGAAAGAAAUAGUAAAAUAAAGAAAUACAGUUUUAUGCACAAUGUUACUGGAAACCUGCAGUCGCAACAGACACUCAACCAGAACGGAGAUGAACAUUAUGAAUAUUACAUAAUCCUCGAAAUUGUCCCAGAAACUUUUUAUAGUUUUGAGGUGUUUGCAAUAAACGAGCAAAAUAUGAAUGGUGAAAACACAAUAACUAUAAAGCAAGCACACGCAAAAGCAUGUGUUAUGGAAGACUCUAAUUGUUCUACGCAGUCUAUUGUGAUUGGAGUUGUUUUGGGCCUCAUAAUUCUAGUACUGCUAGUCUAUGCUGGGUAUAUAACCAUCACUUUACGACGAAUUCGAACAAAAGAUGGGCAAAAGACUAAUUCAAACGACAAGAGCAGACACAUUAGUCCAACGUAUGUGAAUGAAGCAUUCGGCUCAGAAGUGACUCGUAGAAAUGAUGGAAAUCCAGCUGAACAGUAUAGCGAAUCUGAUUACUAUUCACUGGAAACCAAUACAAGAGAAGACAGGACUUCUUAUGAUACUCUUGCGAACGGUCCAUGAAAAGUUUUAGUUUCAUUUGGUGAACAUAAACUAUAAAAUCUUUCAAAGACUGAAAUUGCUGCUUAUUUGCGUUUGAUAAUAUUGCUAUCAUUAUAACUUAAUACUUUUAACAUGAUACUGCUUAUAUUUAUAAUAACAGUGUGUAUAUAUCUUUAAUAUAUAACGCUUCGCAUAUACCUUUCCAAUAAAGGUAACAAUACUUAUUUCCAAAAUGUUAUCUACACAUGACAGAAGUUCAUUGAGAUAUUGUUAUGGCUAUGUUUUUCUCUAUUUUUAAUAAUCUCUUUUAUAUAUACAUAAAUAUCUUUAACAUAUCACGCUUAUUUUAUACCAUUUCUAUAAAAAAAACCACUUCAUUGCAAAUGUAACUACGUUUAAAAAGAAGGUCUUUGAGAUAUUUAUGGAACAAACACAUAAGAAAUUAAGUUUUACUUUUAUUAAAGAUAACUUGAAACAAUGUACAUUUGUAUAGAAGUAAUAUAUGAAACACUUCAAAUAAAGUUUGUGGACAUGAGUGAAAUGAUAUCAGGUUGAAGCAAUUCGUACUGUAUGCGAAUGGUUUCUUACGAUUUUUCCGUGACUAAAGGUAAUAUUUUUGUAAUCUUAUAUAUUUCAUUUUCUUUUUUUCCCUUUAAAUUCUUAGAAAUAUGCAACUGCUGUAAUUGUAACAUUCUAUUUGUGUUGUUCAAAGUAAGAAUAUUGGUAUUUGUGUUAGAAUUUCUUCAUUACAAUCAGCACUGAAUACAUUUACGAGCAGCAAUGUGUAUAUUUAAUAAGUGUUCGUAUAAAAUGUAAAUGUAGCAAUUUAAAAUGUCAUAAAGGUACAAUGCACCAUAUUAGAAUUCAAUUUGGCCUGCGAUUCUGGAUUCAAGUAAAAUGUUCUAUCAUAAAUUGUAGACAACCUGUCUCAUAAUUGAUCACAUGAGUGUCAUUUUUCUCAUCGAACUAUAUUUAUCUUUAAAUGAAUAAUUACUUUAUUAAAAAUUAAUGAAAAAGUUUGGUCUAGUUCAUACCAAUAUGUAGAAAAUAAUUUAUAUCGAUACUCUUAUAUAAAAAUAUAUUUCGGAAUUAUUAAAUAUAAAAA